GACCGGAUUAUCGUUGCAGUAUAGGCCGGGAAGUACAUUCGCGGUUUGGCGCGAUUGGCACCACCGAUCGGUCCGGAACGUACCCGGCCCCGUUUCGUCCGUCCGUGGUGGAAAAGUCAUCAACACGAGAAAACUCGCGGCCAAACUGUAGGCCAUGCGGUGCGGAUGCCGUUCCCCAGCGGCCAGCUCGACAGUGGUAUAGGUCUGGUGCGACAGCGUGUAGUGGUGCACCGGUGUGUGCCUGUGGAGUUUAUUUUAGAAAUUGCUAUUAAAAAUAACUACGGUGCGAUAGAUUUAUUUUUUGCUCGCACAAAACGGAGCAGCACUGCACUGCAAACACCGCGGUGCCUGCCCCGCGUACACGUGGCGGGUGUAGUUGAAUUUCCGACUUCCCGGGUCGCUGCUGGCCAACCAUCGCCAACCCCCGCCCUCCCACCUGCUGGAGCGGGCCAAGUGUACUGUGUGGUGUUGUGCCGGUGAGAGGCUAGCGGUGUGUUGGCCCUCAGCCCUCUAUGUCCCUCGUUCGAUAGAGCAGAGCAGCCACCGUCCAUGCCGAAGGCCAAGUAAAGCCCAUGCCAUGGCGUUGCUCGUAUUUCUGAUAGCCGCAGCCCACUGUGUUUACACACCGUUCACCAAGGUGGAGGAAAGCUUCAAUCUGCAGGCGAUGCACGAUUUGCUCUACCACCGGGCCAAUCUUUCCGAGUACGAUCACCACGAGUACCCGGGAGUAGUUCCUCGUACCUUUUUGGGCCCGCUGUUUAUUACCUUCCUCGUGAGCCCGCUGGCAACGCUGCUGGAGGCGCUGGACAUUAACAAGUUUUGGAUGCAGUAUGCUGUGCGAUUCGCCUUGGCCGGCACGGUGGCGUUCGCGUGGAAUCGGCUGAAAAUCACCAUUCUGCACAAGUUCGGCGUGACGGUCGGCGUCUGGUUUAUGCUGAUCACCGUGACACAGUUUCACUUCAUGUUCUACAUGAGCCGCCCGCUGCCGAACAUCAUGGCGAUGCCGCUGGUGCUGCUCGCCAUAAGCUAUUGGUUGAACCGGAGCGUCAAACUGUUCAUCGUAUGCUCCGGUGCGGCAAUCAUAAUUUUUCGCGCCGAGCUAGCUAUGCUGCUCGGGCUCUAUCUCCUGUACGAUCUGUACUACAAGCGCAUCGCACUGCCUGUCUUCCUGCGGACAGCAAUUCCCGCCGGAAUCUUCCUCGUGGUGCUCACCGUCGCUGUCGAUAGCUUCUUCUGGCGGCGGAUUCUGUGGCCAGAGGCCGAGGUCUUCUGGUUCAACACUGUGCAGAACAAGAGCUCCGACUGGGGCACCGCACCGCUUCUGUGGUACCUUUACUCUGCGCUUCCCCGCGCUAUGGGACUCUCCAUACUGUUUGUCCCGUUCGGGCUGUACACCGAAACGCGCACCCGUUCACUGGUCAUCCCGGCCGUGGUGUUUGUGAUACUCUUUUCCUUCCUGCCGCACAAGGAGCUUCGUUUUAUUAUCUACAUUUUCCCACUAUUUAACGUGGCUGCCGCUUGCGCAUGCAAUCGCUUGUGGAUCAACCGAUACAAGACGGUUUGGAACAAAUUUUUGUCCUUCAUUUGCAUCGGCCAUCUGCUGGGGAAUACGUUGUUGACCAUGUUUCUCCUGUUGGUGGCAGGAACCAACUAUCCCGGUGGAGUUGCUAUAUCUAGAUUCCAUCGGUUGGCGGCUGGCGAAGUGCACGUCACGGUACACAUUGAUAACCUGUCUGCCCAGAGCGGCGUCUCCCGUUUCGCUCAGAUUAAUCCUAAUUGGAGCUACAGUAAAAAAGAAAACCUUCAACCGGGCGACGAUAUGCUGGAUCGUUUCGAUUAUCUGCUUUCGGAAGCUCGUGACAAGUACACGGAUUACAUGCGUUUUCUGCUUCAAACACACGAGAUCGUCGAGUUUGUGGAAUGCUUCAGCAGCAUAGGUUUGCAGUACAAGUCGGCACUGCCGGUAAAAAUCAAAAUGAAGCCAUGCAUUUUCAUUAUGCGUCGCCGAUAUGACGUGGAAGGGGAUCCCAGACGCAGGACGAAAUUAGAAAAUUUUAUAGACGAGAAUGCCGAUGACGACGACCCCGAAACGUUCGAACCGGAGCGGUAUUCAGAUGAGAAUGGAAACAUUGCAUUAUUUCCCAGUGAUAACCAAGCAACUUCAUACGUGGCAACUGAUGCUGGCGCCAAGGAAACGGUAAACGAGGACGGCAUGAGCUCAGUAGAGGAACCAGAAGAUGCGAACCGUUCGGAGGAAGAUAGUAGAGACGUGCAUCGCAUCGGAAAGACAGCUGCAACAGAACAUCGGUAUACGACAGCCCCAAUCGAAAAACCACUGGCUCGUAUUGGGCGUAAAACCGAGACGCGCGUGCAAGACAUCAACAAACGACCAUUCCGAUCUUUGCCUCUCCUUCCCAAGCCACAGUUCAGGAGAACCAAUAUCAACGUGGAGCAGAAAGAACCCAAAUCUUCUCAUGAAGAGCCAGAUGAAUCGAACGCACCGACUAUCGACCAUCAACCGAAUAUGGGGCGCAAUAAACUCUAUGACCCCCCGGCGGAAGAUGACAGUAAGGUAGGAGAAUUUUUUCCAGCGAUUAAUUUGCUUAAAAUUAAAACAAUCAAGAACCUCAUCAAAGAGGAAAUGCGAGAAUCAGUGAACAUACUUACGAAAACGAGCUUCAGUGAACCGGAUGCCCACGAGGAGGAGUGGUUGAAGAAAAUUAUAGAUGACAGUGAGACCUCCAUUGAGCUAGACUAG